UGAAGCUCCUAUAGGUGUGAUGGUGAGGGGUCCUCAAGCUUUGGGUGCUCUAAUGUACUGUAUGGUGUGUUUUCUCUCCUUUGUUGUCCUUAUUAAGUUCUGGACAUCCCUCGGACCCCCAUCUCUUUAUGAGGGGCUUUCUCCACCUUGUGUCUAGAUGUUUUAUUUCUUUGGCCUUUGUCUCCCCUUCUCGGAUUUGUCCCCAUGGAUGUUACACUCACGUAUGUCACGCUGUGUGUCCUGUGCGCUGAAAUGAAAUGACACAAAUGGGACCCUCUGUCGGCGUAAAUUUAAAAAUGGUAAGGACGCUUCUGUGAAAGGAUCAAGAAAAGAAGAAGAUGAAGAAGAUGAACUCUAAAACGAGACCACGUGGGCAUCGGAGGUCACCUGCAAAACAGGAGCUCAGGUGGGUUAGCUGGCAGGAGAGUGGAGGGCAUCAGUGGGGUCUAUCCUGGGACCCUCCGUUCCUGCUUCAGAUUUAUAUGAAUGGCAUUAACUCUGGAACUCUCAGAUGGCACUCCAGUUGGUGGGAUGGCAGACCCCGAGGGGUCUCCCAUAUAAAAUGUGCUGCUUAUCCUCAUAAACGUGCAAAGCCUCAGGAAGUCGGGAUUUAGAAAGACAAAGCUGGCGUGAAAAUUGUGCUUGAAGGAACAGAAAGUUGCGGACCACCCGGGAGACCCACGCACACUCGUUGGUGUUGGCAGGCUAGCGCCUCCAUGUGGCAGGACAGUGAAGUGAACAGAAAAUGUCACGAAUGUCAGUAACCCGUCGGUCACCCUCUCCUCUCCUCCGCCCAUCCAUUGUGGAAGCUCGGGUUGUUUUUGCUUUUUCUAACAAUUGAACCCUGGUCAUGUGAUUUCUGCCUGGUGGUCUCCAGGAUGGCGCAAGGGCGUCCAGAUCAGUCAACGACUGUCAUGAAAAGGGACACCAAGGACACGUUAACAAAAUGGAGUCACUCGAUACGAGAGCCCCCUGCAGACCGCAGCGCCCACAGCUGGCAUUACAAAGCCAAGAGGGGGUCCCGGACCUUCAGGAAGACGGAGAGGCGCAUGGACUUCGUUUACUAAUAAAGGUAAAGACCACUGAUGAGAUACGAAACCUCACCAGUCGUCAAACUGAAUAGUCAAUAGGGGGUCCUAGAUUUGUAAAUGUCACUCUGAAGGGCGUGCGGUGAGCAGGUUGGGCUCUGAACCCGAGGGUCCUGUGAUUCUUCAUUUCUAAGCUCAUUUUUCCAGAAGUGCACUUGGCUUUAAGUUUCUGUUCCUCGUCACCUCUGACCCUCGGCACAGAGAAGUCAGCACUGAGCCCCCCGCCUCCCCACCGCUCACCAGCUGCAGUUUCCUUCUUUUCUCGCUUUGUGGUGGUGACGUCGGCCGAAGAGCAGAAAGUCGCUGACAGCGACAAGUGGAAGACGCAGUCUGAAGCCGUCCGCCAGGAAAGCUCACGAUCGGGGGGUCCUGCCAGCUGUGAGGAUGUGCCCGGUGGUGCCACCCGUCUUCUGCCUCCUGCUGUUCCUCGGGGCAGGUGAAGUCCUCUCAUCUUCAGAGGUGGCGGUCACUGCUACAGCUGGUCACAAUGUCACUCUGCCCUGCCGGUACUCGUCCUUCAGAUCUGAAGUUCAUUUCUUUUGCUGGGGACGCAGUGAAUGUCCAGGACGUGGUCAGUGUGGAUCCAAUGAGAUUUAUAAGUGGGAUGGCCGAGUGCACAGAAUGUCAGACAAAUACCAGCUGACUGGUGACAUCCAGCGAGGAGAUCUGUCACUCACUGUGGUCAACGUCACGAUGGAAGACAGUGGGCCAUACUGCUGCCGCAUUGAGAUCUUAGGACUAUUUAACGAUGUGAAGAACUCCAUGUGGCUCACGGUGACUGAAGAGUGUUCUGAGGGACCAACUACGACGCCCAGGGGACAUGCCACCUCUGAGAGCCCAAGUGCGAGUGGCACGGGUCUUCACUCCACAGACACCACCACAGUUCCCAGUCCAGUGGAGCACCAAACUGAGUCCAAUUCAGCGGCCGGCCACUUCUCAGAUGGGGACAGACAGCCCAUCCAUGUGCCCGUCAUCAUGGUCACCUCGCUGCUCCUCCUGCUGAUUGUGCUCAUUUCGUUCCUCAUUUAUAAGCGCGCUGGCCAUCAGAAACUGAAGACGGGCUCAGCGCAGCAGGCCUGCACCCUUCAAGAGCGAGUCGGCGUGGAGGAGAACAUUUACAACGUCAAAGAGCCUUAACACGAGUGAGUCGUGCCCAUAACGGCGAGGGCCAGCGGCUGGGGGCUCCACCUCGUGAGUUUGUCCUCUGAGGCUUCCAUCGACACGGGCAUGAAGAGGACGGGCAGAUGGGAUUUGGGUUUUUACUGAUGUUGUGUUUUCCUGUUCAUUUUGUGACGGACCACCGAGGCUUCGUCGGCUUUCUACUCUCAGCUUUCACCCCCCGGCAUCUUCAGCUGCAGGUCACCAGGUCCACCUUAAGACAAUUCAAGAAUGAAGUCCUGCCAGUCCUGUCUGUGUGCCACAGGGUGGCCCUGAAUUGAUGCCAUCAACCCUGCUGUUAAUCCUGACAUUUCUGCUCUGGCAAAGUGAGAACUGCAAAGCGUCACAAAGAGGCCGAGUGACACUCAGUCCAGGAAAGAAACUCUGAGUGGACAACGACCCACCAGCAUGGCACAAACGCAGGGACGACCCUGGAUGGGUGCCACUCAGUCAAAGGGCACAGCCUGCUGCUGUCACCACCUUAUUAACACGGCCUUUGAGUGAGGGAGAUGGGGGACACAGUGACAUUGGAGGACAUGCCAACCCCACACAGAGACCGUCAUUAGGGGGUCCUGGAGCUGGGGGGCAGUGGUGCCAAGUACUGGGACACCUGAACAGAGAGACCGGCCUUCACGGUCCAUGCUGCGUAGAUAGCAAGGCAUCUCUCAUUGUGUUAAGUGUUAAGUGUGACCGAUGUCCGGUCCACACUGGUGUAAUCUGGGGGGUCCGCUCCUUGAAGUGUAACACGGAAGUGAACUCAUGCAGA